AAGGUCUUUGGAAAGGUUCCGCGAUCGCGCAGUACGGCGGCAACGGGUUGGCGUGCCAGUGUGCGAAGAUUCUAUCCUUGACUGUGCACGGGAGAACACGUCCCCUCGAGUGAUCGUACAAGUUGUUCCACCUGCCAUAGUGCUGGAGUGCCGAGUGUGUUGCGCUAGAAUGUUCAAGUCGUCGUCGUCGUCGGUUUUGUGUCUGGGGGUGUUGGUAGUGCUGCUGGCCAGUGGAACCACCAGCGCCGCACGCCGUGAUGUGCUUCGCCAGCGGAGCCCGCAGGUUGUGCUGGUGGAGGAGUACGAGGAGAAAGUGACCACGGUGCCUCCGCCGCCGAAACCGUACGCCUUCACCUACUCGGCGGGUCGCGCGCCAGGACACGUCGAUCGGACGCACAGCGAGGUGUCGGACGGAAACGGCGUAGUACGCGGUUCCUUCUCGUACGUCGACCCGCGGAAUCAGGUGCGCACCGUCGAGUACACGGCCGACUCGAACGGGUUCUACCCGGUCCUGAGCCACCUGCCCAAAACGACCCAGCAAACGGAGGCGGUCGCACUGGCGGAGCAGAAGCACUACGCGCUGUACGCCAAAAUUGCGCAAGAGCAUGCCGAUGCGCACAGUGGACUGGUGGUGGAGCCAAAACUGCCCAAGGACACGGUCGCCGUCGCGAAGGCGAAGGAUCGCCAUCUGUCGCUGUACGAAAAGAUCGCGCAAGAUCACGCGCGCAUCGGUGCGGAACAGGAAGCGCAGCGUCUGGCAUUUGAAGCCACCUCGUUGAAAUACGAGGAGGAGCAUUGAGAUGUAGAUCAUGAUGCCUGAACCUCAUUUCAAAAGAUCAAAAAGCAAGCAGGAUCCCAAAUGCUUGCACGAGUGCAUGGUUGACUGAGAACCGAUUUGAAUAUGAUAUUUGCCGUUGGAACU